UUGCUCUCCAACUUGCCUUUCCACCGGAGCGGCUGGUGUGAGCAGAAACCAGGAGUGAACACCACGUAGACCAUAGGCUAAAAGAGGAUAUAAAGAUGCCCCCCAAAAAGCAAGAAGCCCCCAAACCACCUCCAUUAAUCGGACGUUUUGGGACCUCUCUGAAAAUUGGAAUCGUGGGAUUACCUAAUGUCGGGAAAUCCACCUUUUUCAAUGUGCUGACCAAAAGCCAAGCCUCUGCAGAGAACUUCCCAUUCUGCACCAUCGAUCCAAAUGAGAGCAGGGUACCAGUUCCCGAUGAGCGCUUUGAGUUCCUCUGCCAAUACCACAAACCAGCCAGUAAGGUUCCAGCUUUCCUAAACGUUGUGGACAUUGCUGGUUUGGUGAAGGGAGCUCACUCAGGACAGGGACUUGGAAAUGCCUUUCUCUCCCACAUCAGUGCCUGUGACGGCAUCUUCCACAUGACCCGUGCGUUCGAUGACGAGGAUAUCAUCCACGUGGAGGGUAACGUUGACCCUGUGAGGGACAUUGAGAUCAUCCACGAGGAGCUGCGACUAAAGGACGAGGAAAUGAUCGCUCCUAUCCUCGACAAGCUGGAGAAAACGGCUGUCAGAGGAGGUGACAAGAAACUCAAACCUGAAUAUGACAUCAUGUUGAAGAUAAAGCAGUGGAUAGUGGAGGAGAAGAAACACAUCCGAUUUUACCACGACUGGAACGACAAGGAGGUAAUGUUGUUUGUGUGUGUGCUCGAAUGAGUUUGUGUGUUAGGCUUGUGUUUCUAUUUCACUGGAGUUCUAC